AUGAGUUGGUAUGGCGGCGUUCGGCACGCUGGAAUUCUCGUCCUUUGCGUGCAGUUCGCCUGCCAUGUUCCUUCACAGGGCGCCCUCGACAGCCGACUCAUGCGCCGACAGAAGGUACUCAUGGCGCUAGACGCUCACGGUGACGUCCACGAGGCGAGACGCCUCCGAUGGUGGCUGGGUGAAGACUCAGAGCUUCCCGUCGAGACACAGGAGUACCACAUCGCGUUCGAGAUCGAUGGUAGUCUGAUGUGCUGGCAGAGGGAACAUCCGGGCUGCGAGAAAUCGUCUGGCAGCUGCGAGGUCAAGUACUGCGAUGCCCGGGAGUGCGAAUGCAUGGUGGUGAAAGUGAAGAAGUGCAGUAGCCACCUCAACCUCUUCACCGAAGCACAUUGGGAUGAGGACCCCAAGGCAAAGGGCGGGAGCCAGCGGCACUUCUGGCGCGGUCUCCGCGUGCAGUACUACGAUACCUCACACUGGGGCGCCGACGCCCGAGACGGCGGCAAAGCCUUGGAGACAACUCUGAGCUGCAUGGAACCCGCGGGCUGCCCCUGCUCAGAGAGCCCAUGGUUCUCGUGGUCAUAUGGGCAACUCGGUGGAAACCUCUACUGGACGCCUGGAGGCAAUGAGUCUAUAGGCCCCUCGGGCACGGCUGGCCACCGACUUCACCAGAAAUUAAGCGUUCGAGCUUACAAUGACAAGGUGGAGGACGGGAACAUGUAUUUCGUACAGAAAAAUGUCGAGUUGCGAACGACUACCACAACCACCUCCACGGCCACCACAGUCACCACCACUUCUGCCAUGACUUCGCGGAUCAGCGGCGUCAAGGUCUCUACUACCGGGUCUGCGACGCCGACGGCUGGGGGAGUCACCACAACGGGAAAGCCAACGAAGGAGUCACCUCGUGGGCCCAGCGGGAAGGUUCGGGGCGAGGAUGAGGAGGAGCCGGAGCCGAACGAAGGGGAAGAGGAACAACCUAAGGACAAAGCAGAAGAGGAUGAAGACGAAGGUGAAGAUGAAGAUAAGGAUGAGGAUGAAGAGAAAGAGGACGAGGAGGAGGAAGCAGAGCAAAGUGAAAGGAAGGAAGCCAAGAGUGGAAGGAAGGGAAGAAAGAGGAAGGCCAGUGAGAAGCGGGGACCUCUGCAAGCAGACGAGGAAGAAGAGGACGAUGAGCAGCACACAGACACCGGGUCCACCGACGACCAAGCCGCCGAGGAAGCAGGCACGGAGGACGCUGCACGACCUCAGCGCAAACGAGGCUCGCACAAGGCCCCAGCGAAGGGAACCGCCACCACGGCCAAAAGCUCCGAAACGACCUCCGAAGCGCACGGAACGACUUCAGGAAGCCCUUCUCAGCACACGGAGGGCAGCGGCAGUGAAGAGAGCCAGCACACGACACGGAAGACAUCUACGCACGCCCCGACGACAACGACUACGACCACCGCGGAGGAGGUGGACGACAUGCCUGCCGAUGAGGCAGAUGACACCACCUCGGGGGCUUUCACCACAACAAAGCGGGCAAAGGCAUCAACGACGCAGUCUGAGGAGGACAAGGUCACAGAAGCGCCGGCCUUUGAGAGUGGAGGAAGAAGGAAGAUGACAACAACCACGGCGACAACCGCCACACUGGGCUUCGAGCAAGCUGCGAAGGGCGUGUUUUGGACCACCACCACGACGACCACUGCCACCACCACGACUUCGACCACGACAACGACAACAACCUCGACGAGCACUACCACCUCGACAGUCACGGCCACGAAUACGUCAACCUCGACGACAACCCCUCUGCCUACUACAAACACCACCACCACCUUCACGACCACAACCGAGACAACCACCACAUCCACCACAACCUCCGUGACGAACACAACCACAACGGAGACCACCACCACCAGUACGACAACUACAGUGACAUCUCGGAGGAAGAGGGUUCGCCGACACAGGCAACACAAGCAUCACACGACCACCACGUCAAAGAAGCCGCACAAGCACAAGCAGAAGCCAAAACCAAAGCACACAACCACAAAAACUACCAAAAAGACGACCACUCCGACCACGACUACAGCCCCGACCACCGAAACCACCACCACCACCAAGACCACCACCACCACGACAAAGGAAACCACAACGACGGUCACCUCCACGACGACGACCACCACGCGCCUCACCACGACGACCGCAAACGCGACGGAGAUCAAGACGGCGAAAGAGGCAGGAAACUCGGCCUUCAAGGCAGCCAAGGAGGCCGGCAUGUCCGACUCCAAGGCAGCAGAAGCGGCUGCACGGGUGGCGGGUCUGGCUGCCCAGAAAGCUGCCGUGGCGUCGGGAAAGACGAUUGCAGAGAUUGCAAGCGCGGCGGGCGACGCUGCCUACAAAGCGGGCAAGGCAGCGGGCAUGAAGUUGAACUACACGGCCGCGGAGGCGGCAGCCGCUGCAGCCGGUACGGCCGCGGCGGAUGAGACGGCUGCUGCUGGAGAGAGCAAGAAGCGCAUCGUGCGGGCGGCCGCCAGAGCAGCCCGAAAGAGCGGCAAAAAGCACGGCAUGACGAACGCUCAGGCGGCCCAGGCUGCUUCAACAGCUGCCGGACUCGCAGCGGCUUCGCAGGAAGCCGUGAAGAACUCAGGGUCCACUGCAUCCACCACCGAAUCCACGAGCACCGCUGGCAAGGCCGCAGAAACCACCACAACCUUGACGACGACCACCGUAACUACGACAGCGGCCCAGAAGAAGCCCAAGAAGGAGAAGACCACCACUGCGAAAGAGACGACCACGACCACGAACCCCGACACAACGUCGACUGCUGAGGAUGACUUCCAAGAGGACGAGACCUCUACCAGCGAGGCUUCCACCAGCUCCGAAGGCGACGCAGAUCCGGAGGAGCUCGAUGAGGACACGACGACCUCCGAGGGGACGGAGGACGUGGACGAGGAGAACCCUGGCGAAGAGACGACCACGACUGAAGGGAGCAGUGACCGCACCCUCGGCAAUCCCGAGUGA